AUGACAUGGGUGACAGUAUUUUCCGUAUAUGGACCUGAUUGCUUCUAUUACACUUGCUGCACAUUCAUUCAGAUACAAUUUUUGGCAUUACAAAAGGAUUUGGAGCAAAUUAUAAAAACUGAUUCUUGGGAUGAUCACUCUACGCUAGCUGCAUUUAAGGAGGAAUUUGUGAAGCUAGUCCAUAGACAUAGAGAGCUUAUAAGAUGUGUGAAUUUGUUAGAGAUAAUUUAUUCGAAAUCUACUUUGUUCAACGUUAUCACGAGUUCACUGAUUAUCUGUGCUACUGGAUUUAAUUUGAUGGCCAUCAAAAACUAUGCACUAAUGGCUCCUUUUACUGCGUUCCUGACCUUCGGCUUACUUCAAAUAUUCUUCUAUUGCUUCUACGGCGAUUACGUGAUGAGAUCAAGUAUUGGUGUGGGAGAUGCUGUUUACAACAGCCAAUGGUAUAAAACAGGAGCGGCGCAGAGAAAAUAUCUUUUGAUUGUUUUAGUUCGAUCUCAAAAGCCCUGCAAGUUAACUGCGUAUGGUUUUACUGAUAUUAAUUUGAAAGCAUUCACAAGGAUUCUCAGUACAUCGUGGUCCUACUUUGCCCUUUUGAAACAAAUGUUAAAUGACAGUUUCACAACAACAGCAACAAUGUUGGAACACUUUCACAUAUGUUUGAAAAGAGUAAAUAUUUUCUUGAAAAUGAUGGGUUUAUCCCUUGACAUGGAAGACAGUAAGAGAACCAUACUACAGCGUUUGAAAAGUCGUCCAGUUUUCGCAGCCCAUAUCAUAUCUUUCAACGUCGAGGUGGCAGCUGAAGUGGGGUGGUUGUUUAACGCCUUGGUCACGAAGAAAAGCUUCGUCGAGAUCACAUAUUUCCUGCCUUGCCUCAUUUUCAGUACUGUUAGCAACUUCAAGUACAUAUCCUUCUUAUAUUACUCCCACGCUAUCAACGACUUGAUAAAGGCAAUUGAGAGAGUACAGUCGAGAGUUGUACAGUCAGAUAAAGAAAGAGAUCUUUUUGAGAAGAAAUUAGCAAAUGAUUUUGUGACAAUGUUUUUGAAUAUCUCUAAUCGGACGGUAGGCCUGAUAAUAAUAGGUUUAAUGAUGUUCGCUUCAAUAUCUCUGUUUAUAAUACUUCCUCGUUAUUAUAAGACUGGAGAACUGAAGUUGGAACUGCCGUUCCUUGGACAUUAUCCUUUCAAUGAAUUUGAUAUGCGGGUCUAUCCUCUCGUGUACUUCCACCAGAUUUUCGCAGCUGCUGAAGCCGUUUUCAUGGUAUACGCUCCCGAUAGCUUCUUUUUCGCUUGCUGCACCUUCACCCACAUUCAGUUCAUGUUGCUACAAUAUGACAUCGAACGAAUUGUUCCCGAAAACUCUGAGACGUACGACAAGGACAAAUUCAAGAAGUUGGCUCUACGUCACAUCGAGUUGAUGAAAUGCGUAAACUUAAUGGAGGAUAUAUUCUCAAAGUCGUUACUAUUCAACUCCAUGACUAGUUCGAUCAUAAUGUGUUUAAACGGAUUCACUGUUAUGGUGAUCCAUAACGUCAUGAUAAUGGCGUCAUUUUCGGCCUUCCUGAUAUUCGGUUUGAUGCAGAUCUUUUUGUAUUGUUACUAUGGAGAUAGUAUUAUGAGAUCAAGUAUGGAAGUAAGCGACGCUAUUUAUAACAGUCUGUGGUACAACAUAGGCGUCUCAGAGAGGAAAGAUGUCUGCAUUGUUCUGAUGAGAGCCCAAAAGCCUUGCCAAGUAACGGCCUAUGGAUUCUUCGAUAUAAACCUGCGUGCAUUUACCAGUAUCCUGAGUACAUCCUGGUCAUAUUUCGCACUAUUGAAAACGAUGUAUAACCCUGACGAUUACAUAAUGAAUGAAUAAUUAAUGAAAAUAUUUCAGUUAAACACAGCUAGACUCUCUGUAUUUUAUUUCUAAUAGUAUAUUUUAGAGGCACGCUUGGUUAUUGAAUUACGAAAUUAAACUUGAUUGAGUACA